AAUACCCGACACACGUCCUCAGACUUCUUGUCUAUCAGUUCGACAUCGACUGAUCUUUGAUCAACUGAUUGAACAAGAUGAUGAAAGUUGUAAUGAUGGCCAACCCUCCAUAUCCCACGAAUUCGUCUGGAUCAGAGGAACCUAGGCAAUCCACCGGCCCUCAAUAACUGUCGAUCUCAAAUAUCAACUGAGCAUCGAUUGAGUAUCAAUUCAUGAACAUCAGAUUCAACUCCUCCCACUCGGCAGUGGGAGCUCCACGAUGAUCAAGCAAGCUCUUCCCUCGGCUUCGGUCUGCUUCGCCGGUCGCUUGUCUCCACUUGCGCUGCAUACCAGCGCAAGGAGCGUAUACCGCCAGUCCAUGUUGAUCUGUCAUAUUAGUUAAUCUUCAGCAGCUACCCCGCCCGGUGGGAUAAACGCGUAUAUAAGCGUUGGACCUGGGAGGAUUAACAAUCACACCUGCAAAAAGAGCUAAUUGAACAAAGAAAUCACAAACACAAUGUCCUUCGGAACCAUCUACAGUUACCCCCAGAACCCUCGGGUCGCAAAGAUCCACGCCGUUGCAAACCUCAACGGCCUCAAAAUUGAAGACGCCCCCUUCGAAUUCGGCAAAACCAACAAAAGCCCAGAAUUCCUCGCCAAAUUCCCGCUCGGCAAGGCCCCCGCCUUCAGCGGCACCGACGGCGUCAACAUCUUCGAGUCGAACGCCAUCGCCCACUAUGUCGCCGACAGCGGGCCCCUGAGGGAGCAGCUCCUCGGCUCAAAUGCCGCUGAGCGCGCGGCCGUCCAGCAGUGGGUAACCAUGGCCGAGACAGAGGUGAUGCCACCUGCCGUGACGAUCAUUCUUCCGCGGUUCGGGCUUGGCUCGUUUGACCAGGGCGCUGAAGACCAGGCCGUGUCGAAGCUUGAGCGCUCGGUUGAGAGCCUGGAGAGGCACCUCUCGUCUGGGAAGACGUGGUUGGCUGGGGAGAAGAUCAGCCUUGCGGAUAUCUCGAUUGCCGCGUCCCUGGUCUGGGGAUUCACCUUUGCGAUUGAUGCGGAGAUGAGGAACAAGUAUCCUGGUGUUGUUGCCUGGUAUGAGCGUGUUAUGGCCACCGAGGGUGUGAAGAAGGCCUUUGGGGAGACCAAGUUUGUUGAGAAGAGGACUGCGCCGAAAUAGACUGCAUAGCGAUAUUAGAUCAGUAAUUUGGCUUGAUAAAGAAUAUAAAGCUGCUUUGAGAGACGUCUAUUUAAGCAAUAUCAAACAACUCGCAACCGUCAGCAUGGAUUGCGUGCCACGGAGAUAUCGGGGUAUCCUGCCAUCCAUUCGCUACUAUUAAUGAGAGCACUUGUUAUCAUUAGUAUCCUG